AUGGCCCCCAUACGCGACAAAUUCACGAUCCACUCUCGAGCAGUUGUUUGCCUGGACGUAGAACUCAAAGGCGACAUAACCGUCGGCGCAGGCACUAUCGUCCACCCCAAAGCCACCAUAUUUGCUAUUGCGGGGCCUAUAGUCAUCGGGUCAGGGUGUAUCAUCGAGGAAGGUGCUAUAAUUGUGAACAGGAGAAAGGAAGUCAUGCGAAUUGGCGACGACAACCUCUUUGAAAUAGGCAGUCGGGUUGAGUCUCCGACUGUCGGCGACUUCAACACUGUUUCUACGCGUGCUCGUGUGCACCACACCGUCCGGAUUGGGUCAUACUGCAGCAUUGGCGCUGGCUGUCUGGUCGUACCAACAGAAGACGAGUUUCUGGACGACUAUACGGUCAUUUAUGGCCCAGCUGCGGAACGGAGGACCUGGAGUGGCCGGGGCAAACUGCAAGAGGCCGAUCUCCGCAGAAAACAUGCCGAAUACCUGCGUGAAAUGCUUCCCAAGUUCAACAGGCUAAAGCGUGGAGAGGGUUCAUGA